AUGCUCAGCAUGUGGGAGGGAGAUCAGACACCCCCUGGGGAUGCUGAGGUGGGAGCAUUGUCAGGAAACACCCAGAGGAAGCUGCCAGACUGGGGGCGCCUGGGGAGGGAGCCUUCGCCCAGCCCCAAAGCCCAGCUUGGCCAGUGGCCCAAGGGCCAGGCCCUCCACAACCGCCAACACACUGGUGCCCAUGCAAGCUCUCUGCGGGUCCCUGAGGGCCACCUCUGUGCGGUGGAGGAAGAAUCCAGUUCCCCAGGGCCAGAGCAGGGCAUGACCACUACUCAGAGGCAGAGGCAGAGGCAGAGGAAGGCACCCAGCCCUGAGUCAACGAGGGCCCCGGGUUACAUCAGCAGUGUGCCAACGGGCGCAGGAGGAGGGAGCAGCGUCUGUCCCCAGGGGCUGCUGACGGUGCCCCAGGACGCUCUGGGAGUCUCUAUUACAUGGCUGCCUCCUAACUUGCAUCAGCUUUUUGCAGGUCCGUGUCAUCAGGAGCAGAAGCAGGGCCGGUUGCCUGCGGCUGCCUCCAAGAGGGGCUGUGAUGAUCAGGGCGGUCUCCUCCCGCCUGGGCCGGGCUCUGGCCGGUCCCCACGGCAUGCCCCUGUGUGGGAAAUCAGUGAGCCCUCCUGGCCCCUGAGGAACGGUCCCCCAGAGAAGUUGGGUGCCUUUGCCCUGCCCCUCUUCAUGCUGACUAAGGGCUUGGCUGUGCCCACCUGCACCCCUCCCCCUGCCCCCCCGGGGGAAGAGCAAAUGCUGGCGGUCCUGUCUGUCUCGUGGUCUGUCUUUCUGUUUCUCUGCACCUCAUGUGCACACCUGAGGAGGAAGCCUGGUGUGGCAUUACCUAAUGCUGACCUGUCAGGUGGAGAGGGGAGGCAAGAUUCUUUGCCCCCUUCUGCAAACCUGGCUGCCAGGGCCCAUAUCUUGGGGAAGCUGGCUGUAGGGCACUUCCCGUCCACAUGGCAGAGGGCACCAACAGUGGCGACUGGGGAAGACUGCCCCCCGCUCCCCGCUGGCACCAACUUGAGCGACCUGCCUCAGAGAUGGUCUCACAACUGUGUCCAGCUGCGGGCACUGUUUCUGUGGCUUUCGGCUGCCCCCCCUCUGUGUGCCAUCACAGGAAUUGAGUAUGGUGAGGUCCUGCCAGAUUCCUUCCCAUCUGCCCCUGCUGAGCCCCUGCCCCACUUCCUGCAGGAGCCCCAGGAUGCCUACAUUGUGAAGAACAAGCCCGUGGAGCUGCUGUGCCGAGCCAACCCAGCCACCCAAAUCUACUUCAAGUGCAAUGGCGACUGGGUCAACCAGAAUGACCACCUCACCAAGGAGAGCCUGGACGAGGUUACUGGCCUGCUGGUGCGGGAGGUGCAGAUUGAGGUGUCUCGGCAGCAGGUGGAAGAGCUGUUUGGACUGGAAGAUUACUGGUGCCAGUGUGUGGCCUGGAGCUCGGCUGGUACCACCAAGAGCCGCCGAGCCUAUGUUCGCAUCGCUUACCUACGGAAGAACUUUGACCAGGAGCCACUGGGGAAGGAGGUGCCCCUGGAACACGAGGUGCUGUUGCAGUGCCGUCCCCCUGAGGGAGUGCCCACAGCAGAGGUGGAGUGGCUGAAGAAUGAGGAUGUCAUUGACCCUGCCCAGGACACCAACUACCUGCUCACCAUUGACCACAACCUCAUCAUCCGGCAGGCCCGGCUCUCAGACACAGCCAACUACACAUGUGUGGCCAAGAACAUCGUGGCCAAACGCCGUAGCACCACAGCCACUGUCAUUGUUUACGUGAAUGGUGGCUGGUCCACCUGGUCAGAGUGGUCACCUUGCAAUAACCGCUGUGGGCGGGGCUGGCAGAAGCGCACCCGCACCUGCACCAACCCUGCCCCACUCAAUGGUGGUGCUUUCUGUGAAGGGCAGGCCUUCCAGAAGGUUGCAUGUACCACCAUGUGCCCAGUAGACGGAGCAUGGACAGAGUGGAGUAAGUGGUCGGCCUGCAGCACAGAAUGCACCCACUGGCGGAGCCGGGAAUGCACUGCCCCGCCACCCCAGAAUGGUGGUCGAGACUGCAGCGGGCUGCUCCUUGAUUCUAAGAACUGCACGGAUGGGCUGUGUACUCAGAAUAAAAGAGUUCUAACUGAACCCAAUAGCCACCUGAUGGAAGCAACGGGGGACGUGGCUCUCUAUGCAGGCCUGGUGGUGGCCAUCUUCGUCUUCAUCGUCAUCCUCAUGGCUGUUGGGGUGGUGGUGUACCGGCGCAGCUGCCGUGACUUUGACACGGACAUCACAGACUCAUCCGCUGCCCUUACUGGUGGUUUCCACCCAGUUAACUUCAAGACGGCCCGGCAUAACAAUCCACAGCUGCUGCACCCAUCGGUGCCUCCUGACCUUACAGCCAGUGCAGGCAUCUAUCGAGGGCCUGUGUUUGCCCUGCAGGACUCCUCUGACAAGAUUCCAAUGACCAACUCACCCCUGCUGGACCCCCUGCCCAGUCUGAAGAUCAAGGUGUACAACUCAUCCACCACAUCAUCCACCCCGGGUCUGCCCGAUGGGGCCGACCUGCUGGGUGUCUUGCCCGUGGGCACCUACCCGGGCGAGGGGAUCCGGGAUGCUCACUUCCUCAACCUUCGAAAUGCCAGCCUGGGCUCCCAGCAGACCCUGGGGCUGCCUCGAGAUCCUAGUAACUGUGCCAGCGGGACGUUUGGCUGCCUUGGGGGAAGACUCACAAUUCCUGGCACAGGGGUGAGCCUGCUGGUACCCAAUGGGGCCAUCCCCCAGGGGAAAUUCUACGAGAUGUACCUGCUCAUCAACAAGGCGGAGAACACCCUCUUACCUUCAGAAGGGACCCAGACAGUAUUGAGUCCCAUGGUGACCUGUGGGCCCACGGGGCUGCUCCUCUGCCGCCCGGUCAUCCUCACGGUUCCCCACUGUGCUGAGAUCAGCUCUGGUGACUGGAUCUUUCAACUGAAGACUCAGUCCCACCAAGGGAAUUGGGAGGAGGUUGUGACUCUAGAUGAGGAGACCCUGAAUACCCCUUGCUACUGUCAGUUGGAAGCCAAGUCUUGCCACAUCCUUCUGGAUCAGCUGGGCACCUAUGUGUUCAUGGGGGAGUCCUAUUCCCGCUCGGCCAUCAAAAGGCUCCAGUUGGCCAUCUUUGCCCCUGCACUCUGCACCUCUCUGGAGUAUACCCUCAGGGUCUACUGCCUGGAAGACACACCUGAUGCACUCAAGGAAGUGCUGGAGCUGGAGAAGACCCUAGGUGGGUACCUGCUGGAGGAGCCCAAGCCCCUGCUUUUUAAGGACAGCUACCACAACCUUCGCCUCUCUAUCCAUGAUAUCCCCCAUGCCUUGUGGAGAAGCAAACUGCUGGCCAAGUACCAGGAAAUUCCAUUCUACCACAUCUGGAGUGGUAGCCAGAAGGCCUUGCAUUGUACUUUCACUUUGGAAAGAUACAGCCUGGCCUCCACAGAAUUCACAUGCAAGAUCUGUGUGCGGCAAGUGGAAGGGGAGGGCCAGAUAUUCCAGCUGCAUACGACAUUGGCCGAGACAGCUGCUGGCUCCCUAGACAACUUCUGCUCUGCACCCAGCAGUGCAGUGACCACCCAGCUGGGCCCCUAUGCCUUCAAGAUCCCAUCGUCCAUCCGGCAGAAGAUCUGCAAUAGCCUCGAUGCUCCCAACUCCCGGGGAAAUGAUUGGAGGCUGUUGGCCCAGAAACUGUCUAUGGAUCGGUACCUGAACUAUUUUGCCACCAAAGCAAGCCCCACGGGGGUGAUCCUGGAUCUGUGGGAAUCCCUGCAUCAGGACGACGGUGACCUCAACACCCUGGCCAGUGCCUUGGAAGAAAUGGGCAAGAGUGAAAUGCUGGUGGUCAUGGCCACGGAUGGUGACUGCUGAUGCCACCCUGGCUGCCACCCAUGGACACAGGAAGGGUGGAACUGUAGGGGGCAGGACAGGAUGAGAGCACAGGGGAAAAAAGGGGGUGAGUUUGGGGAUGGGGAGAUGUCCUCUCCCACCUCAUCCCACAACUGCAGACAGGGGGUUUCCCCAUUCUCUUCCUCUUCCUCUUCCCACUCUCACUUACCAUAACCAGCCUUAGGAAAUCUACACACUCCAUUGACAAGAGAGCCUAGAAUCCCCCCUCCCCAGAUUCUAUCUCUUCCUGCCCCAACCCUCUGGCUGCAGGUAGCUUGGGACCAAGGGCUCUGUGAUGAUGAGAGUCUCAGUCAAAGGGGGAGGUGACCCCUCCACCACCACCCCACAAACACAUAUAUGCACAACAGCUCCCACAGCCCUCAGAGACCAGGGCUCUCUCUAAGGCUUCUGGGUUGGGUUUUCUUUUCAUUUCUUUUUAAUGAUGGGUUUCUCUCUCCUCCCAAUGCCCUGCCCUCCUCUCCUCCUUUAACGUCAUUUUAUGCUUUGAAGAAAUCCAGUAUGAUCUAGACAAACUGCUUUCUUCUGUCGAAAAGAAAGAGAGAGCUUUACAUAGAUGCCUAUUGAAAGGUCAAAGGAGAAAACCACGAAAGCCACAAAGAAGGAAAAAAAGAGGGGAAAAAACCCAGUUUCUUAGGAAACGCAAAAUGAUUUAUUAUCCAGAUCUUUGGAUGAGUCCUUUUUAAGAA